AUAAGCCGUAUUUGUGUCUGCGCUCAGAUAAAAACCCUAAUUUCCCACUCUUUCUCUCUCCACCGCUCAACUUUCUCUCUCUCUACGCAAAUCCUCAUUCGACAGCUCGAGCUUCUCCUAUGGCGACGGCGGGCGACGGUGCGACCCCAUACCAAAGCGGCGGAGCCGGGGGGAAGUUUCGGAAGAAGCCUAUUCGGCGUAGUGGUCUGGCGACACCGUACGAUCGACCUUCUACCGCACUCAGGAACAAGAGCCCUAGCCUCUUCGCGAAACUCGUAGACCCCGCGUCUAGGCUCAUACACGCUGGGGCUGAUAGGUUCUUCGGCGUAUUUCGUAAGCGGCUUCCUUCCAUCGCUGCACCGCGUCCGCCAGCUGCUGAUGGGUGGCGUCUUGAUUGGAUCGGGUUUAGCAUUGCUGAAGGCUUCUUAUACAAUUUGUUAGUUUUUAGAGAGACCCUUGAAGAACCGGAUCCUAGCACCGAUGAAGGUGGGAAUUUGGCUAGCAUCUCUGCUACCACUGAGAUAUCAGAGCUUGAGAAUAUGCUGAAACAGAAGACUUUUACUAGAUCUGAAAUCGAGCAUUUGACAGCUUUGCUGCAUGCAAAAGCUACUAACUCAGAUGACGAUGAAGGGGAUAGAGCAAAGCUUCCCAGCCCAUCAUCUCAGUUUCUGAGGCUUGAAGCAUCCACAAAGUGA